CUCUUCAGUGCUAAACAUAACCAUGUCGACCUCAACGCCGCUACCGGUGAAGCUCCAACCAUCCAACUUGAGGCCGGUUGCCUACCGAAUCUUAUCGAAGAAACAUGGGUUAAAUAUUCAAACCGACGCAUUAGUGCUUCUCACCGAAGCCGUGAGUACUAGAUUUGGAACCGAAUGGAAGGGAGGAAAAUCCCAAGUUUUUUUGGAGGAUAUAGCUAAGAUAUGGAAACAUCAAGAUCGGGGGUUAUUUCUUGAUGGGGUUGGGCUUAAGCAAGUUUUGAAAGAGAUUGUUAAUAAAGAGCGUAAACUGAGUGUUAAGCUUGAAAGGCAAGAGUCCUCAAAUUCGGGGGAUUCUAUGACAAAAGCAGCAAGAUCGGAUACCUUAGUUGAUAUGAAUCAGUAUGAAGAUGAAGGUAAACUUAACUGGGAAGAUUUUUAUAAGAUUAUUACCCCCGAUGUUCAACCGUGUUUUGAAUUUAAAAGGAAUAGAAAACAAUUUGGAUUAAGUACAAGAAAUAAUAAUCAACUUCAACAUAACUUGCAUACAUCCAUUGAGUAUUUCAAUCAAAGGUUUCAUUUGAUAAGAGAUCGGUUAUCGAGAAAUGAAAAUUUUCAAAAAAAGUCAUUUUCAUCAAUAUCACUGAUUAAUACCAGUAAUCAAAAUCGAAAUAGUACUUAUGAAAUUACAUUAAUUAAAAAUGUUCUCGGAAGAGAUGGAUCAAAGUUUGUACUAUUCGGAUUAUUAUCCAAGAAUGUUAAUGGGGAUUAUAUAUUAGAAGAUUCAUCUGAUUACAUUGAAUUAAAUAUUCUGCAAGCCUAUAAGCUGGAAGGAUCAUUUUAUUGUGUUGGAAUGUUUGUUAUAGUAGAAGGGAUUUAUUCUGCUAGUGGAGGAUCAAUGGCCAACGAUGGUAAUGUUAUAAGUGGAUGUUUCCAUGUUAGUAAUAUUGGACAACCACCAGCAGAAAGAAGAGAUGUAAGUUUAGAAAAUUAUGGGAAUUUAGAUUUUCUAGGAAUAAAUGAUGAUGGACAAGAACAGAAAUUAGCAAAUGGUAAAAUAAAUUCUAAUAUGACAAUUAAAAUCAACAAAUCAUUGAAGAAAAAAUUAGUUUCAUUAGAAAAAUCUUUAAUUGAACAUAAAUUUAUAAUAUUAGGAUCAAACUGUUUUCUUGAUGAUAUCAAGAUCUUGAAUGGAUUAACUAAAUUAUUUGGUAAAAUUGAAGAAUCCAUAAUCGAAGACGAAACUGCUCCACUUGCAAUAAUAAUGGUUGGAUCAUUUAUAUCUCAAGCAUUCACUGCAACCUAUUCAACUAACACUACCAUAUCCAAUUCUGAAAAUUAUAAAAGUAAUUUUGAUAAUUUAGCCGAUGUAUUAUCUAAAUUUCCAACUUUGAUUAAAAAGACUAAAUUUAUAUUAAUUCCGGGUCCCAAUGAUCCAUGGCAAUCUACCAAUUCAUUAGGAGGGUCUAAUUUAAAUAUAUUACCUCAAAAACCAAUAUCGAAAGUCUUCAUAAACCGACUAGAGAGAUUAUUACCCAAGGGUAAUUUAAUAAUGGGGUGGAACCCAACUAGAAUCGGAUACUUAUCGCAAGAGAUGGUUUUCAUCAAAGAUGAAAUAAUGAAUAAGUUUAAAAGAAAUGAUAUAAUAUUUGAGAGUGACUUAGAGAAUGAAAGACAAAUUUUAGAACAGAAAGAAAAUGGAGGUGAACUUAAUAUAGAAAACAUUAAUACUGAUGAAGUACACUUAUUACCUAAAGUCAAGCAAGCCCGAAAAUUGGUCAAGACAUUGUUAGAUCAAGGAAAUUUGCAACCUUUUUUAUCAAAUUUAAAAGUUAUCAAUACAAAUUAUAACUCAACCAUGAGAAUUGAACCGUUACCAACAACCAUAAUACUGUUUGAUUCCAAUUUUGAGAAUUUCGACGUUACUUACAAUGGGUGUAAAGUGAUCAAUUUGACCAAGCUAAUAAGUAACAAUAAUAACCGGAAAUUAAAUUUUGCAGAGUAUUACCCCAGUCAGAAGAAGUUUACCUUUAAAGACGUAUACUUCUAG